UGAUUGGCAGUUGGUUGAGUGGUGUCGCUGGCUAGCGGGCAGGUGGGGAGCCAAAUUUAAAAUGUCUGACUGGGAAGAUGAGUACGACGAAGGCGGCGUUGCUAUCCAGAGGCCUGCGACAAAACCAGCUCCGAUUGAGUGGAACCAACCGUGUCGUGGCUUUCCCAGGGAAAAUGUGUCUUUUGGUGUCAGGAACGGGACCCGGUUCGGAGCUCCAAGAGAGGGCAGAGGCGGUCGAGGCGGCGAGGUGUCCGAGGACAGAAGCUGGAGAGGUGAAGGCCGGUCGUUCACCCGCAGCGCCGGUGGACGCAACUUUGGCGAUGAAAAGUCGGACUCUUCCACUCCUCUGACUCUCAGUGUGGAAAGUUCUUCAGUCGGGAGGGUAAUAGGUCGAGGAGGGGUCAAAAUUCGUGAACUUGAAGAGAGCUCCGGGGCGAGAAUCAAGAUAAAUAAUGGGGACUAUGAAGCUGAGGUGGUUAUUUUCGGAUCCUCUGCUGCCCAACAGAAGGCCAAGGAGAUGAUUGAAGACCUAGUUUCUGAUUCCAGCUCACAGUUUUUUAAUGGUCCUCGUAGAGGUGGAUUUUUUGGCGGAGGAAGAGAUGGAGGAGGCUACAGAGGAGGUGGUGGUGGUGGAGGAGGAGGAGGCUACAGAGGAAGAGGUGACGGAGGAGGCUACAGAGGUGGAGGAGGACGCUACAGAGGGGAGUGUGAUGAAGGAGGACACAAUGGCUGUGGUUCAGAAUUGCAGACUGCAAGUGACGUACCGGCCCGUAUACCCAUCGACUGGAACCACAUCCGGGAGAACAAGGACAAGUAUGAGGAGCUGAAGUGGAAGGACCUCCCACCCUUGAUGAAGAAGUUUUACGUUGAGGCGGAGUGUGUUGCCAUGCAGACAGCCGAGGAAGUCAGUGAAUGGAGGAAGGAGAACAACAAUAUCUUUGUGGAUGACCUGAAGGAAGACGGGGAGAAGCGGCCCUUUCCCAACCCCUGUCGCACCUUUCUUCAGGCCUUUGAGCAUUAUCCAGAAAUCAUGGAAAAUAUUGAGCGAGUUGGAUUUCUCAAACCAACCCCGAUCCAGUCUCAGGCGUGGCCAGUGUUGCUGAGCGGGGAGGACCUGAUAGCCAUCGCUCAGACAGGAACAGGGAAAACCUUGGCCUACCUGCUGCCGGGGUUCAUCCACAUGGAUGGACAACCUGUACCGAGAGCUGAGCGAGGUGGUCCAGGCAUGUUGGUGCUCACUCCUACCAGAGAGCUGGCCCUGCAGAUUGAAAUGGAGUGCAAAAAGUACCGCUAUAAGGGCUACACAAGUAUCUGUAUCUAUGGCGGCGGGGACAGGAGAGGCCAGAUCAACCUGGUGAAGAGCGGCGUGGACAUAGUGAUCGCCACGCCAGGCCGACUAAACGAUCUGCAGAUGAAUGAUCUCAUCAAUCUUCGCUCCAUCACCUACUUGGUCCUGGAUGAGGCCGAUCGUAUGCUAGAUAUGGGCUUUGAACCUCAGAUUAUGAAGAUUCUCCUGGACAUUCGGCCAGACCGACAGACUGUCAUGACCAGUGCCACCUGGCCAACUGGUGUGAGACGUUUGUCCAAAUCCUACCUAAAGAAUCCCAUAAUGGUUUACGUGGGCACCCUGGACUUGGCGGCCGUUAACACAGUGCAGCAAACAGUGCUCAUCGUCCAUGAAGAGGAGAAAAAGGACUACGUGUUUGACUUCAUUAGAAACAUGCUGCCACAGGAUAAAGUGCUCAUCUUUGUUGGCAAGAAGCUUAUGGUUGACGAUCUGUCCAGUGACAUGUGUCUGCAGGGUCUGGCUGUGCAAAGUCUCCAUGGUGACCGUGAGCAAUGUGACCGUGAAGAAGCCCUCAAGGACUUUAAAGAGAGUCGUGUUCGGAUCCUGGUCGCCACAGACUUGGCAUCUCGAGGGUUGGAUGUACACGACAUAACUCAUGUCUUUAAUUACGACUUCCCACGUAACAUAGAAGAGUACGUCCAUCGCGUGGGCCGCACAGGCCGAGCAGGGCGCUCGGGGGAGGCUGUUACCCUGGUAACAAGAGAAAACUGGAGGAUGGCACCUGAGCUGAUUCACAUCCUGGAGCGAGCAGGACAGGAUGUCCCAGAGGAACUGGUGAUGAUGGCAGAGAGAUACGAGAAGCACAAGAAGGAGAAGGAGAUGUAUGACCCCAGGGGAGGAUCGGGAUAUCGAGGAGGAGGAGGAGGCGGCGGAUCAGGAGGAGGAGGAUGGGGGCGGAGAGAUGGUGGAGGUAGAGGAGGCAGGGAUCGAAGCCAGAAUUGGGGAUUCUAAUGCAUGAUUGUCCAUGGUUUCACAGGAUCUUACACCACCUGUAGUGUAAAUUAUUUUUCUUGUAUAUUUUACUUUUUAAUUUGAUUUAUUUUCUAGUAUUGAAAAUGUUUAGUUUUUUUGCCAGAUCUUCAUCCAUUGUCGUUUAAAGGAAGCAACACCUCACUUUGCUGUGCUGUUCAAAAAUGUUUAAAAUGCAUGACUGUUUUUUAUGUCUAACUCACCAACCACAGCAGUGCUGAGUAUCACUCUGUAUAUUGUGUUAAUUGUAAUAUCUUUAUUUUGGCAGAAAAAAAUCUGUAUAAUAAAUGUUCCUUUAAAAGAGA